AUGGUCGAUCAAUCCCAAGAGCAAAAGUUGGCGCCAACAUCUGCGCCAUCCACCCCAACCAGUCAAAAACCGGCAAGGAAACCUGUUUUAAAGACUGUUAAACAAACAUCUACCAAAACAGCAGUAACACCAACAAAACAGAGGACUUUAAGGCAGAAAAAAAAGACGUUGGGCAGCAAGACCUCCAUGCGCUUCGACAUGAAGCUCAAGGGGAUGCAUCACCUACAGAAACAGAAGCCCGUGGGGUGCAAUCUAGACAGGUCCAAACACUCUCUUAAAGGGUUCAUUAUAUGCUUCAUUAAUAGCGAACACAUCGUAGCCUUGCUGUCUGAGCCGUACACGGGGAAGGAUAUCGAGGUCAGGGCCGUUUUUUGCAAUGCCGAAAAUAUGUCGCGUCACUCGCGCCGACUAAACAAUAGAGAAAUAGCAGAAUACUUAUGGGUAGAUAUUCCUUCAGAUAACGAGAAUGUAUGUGGCGAUGAGCAUGACAAAGAAGAAAGAGAAGAUCAGCCAAAUCCGCUGGUGUUAGGCGAUUUCAUUGGAGAAGUUCAAGCAAACGAUUUUGACAGCUUUGAUUCCGAUGAUGAUCUCCCUUUGUCUAACUUAGUAUCCCGGAAUCCUGAUUCUGCAGAGCCCAAAAUCAAACAUUCUAACAGGCAUACAGUAGCUCCAAAGUGGAAGAAGAAUUAUAGGACGAACAUACCACGUGAGUUUUCAGAAAACGUGGGAAAAACGAAUCAAGUACUAAUGAUGGAGAAUGUUACGCCUCUUUCAUUAUUUCACCUUUUCUGGACAGAGCAUUUACAGGACAUUCUAUGUUUUCAAACUAACUUUAACGCUACUCAAUCUGGAAAGCCUUUUACUACCACAACUGAGGAGCUUGAUGCUUUCAUUGCCUUGAACUUGGUGGUGGGUAUAAAAAAAUUGCCGAGCUACAGAGAUUACUGGUCUUCAGCACCCGAUUUACAUGACAGUUUUGUUACCGAUUCAGUUGGCUUUUGA